UGGCUCGAGCCAUCCAGCUCAGGCCAUCCUUCGGUCUGAGCAGACUGCGCCUGGUCCAGGACAGACCUGCACCGAUGCGGAUCUCGCUGCCGCGUGUCUCUGCGGGAGCUGUGGGCAGCGCGUGAGCAGACGCCCCGCGAGGUCGCAGGCGCCAUGCGGCAGACUCCGAGAGCGGGCGGCGCCCUCGGAGACCGCCGCCGCGCCGAUGUGGGCCGGCCCAGCGAAGGGCCCCCCGCAGAGACGUGCGAGGCGUCCGCGGGCGCCGCCCCGACCCGCGGAGGCAUGGCGUGCCUCGCGGACGCGCGCUGCGAGAUCGCCGCGCACCUCGACGUGCCCGCGCUUCUCGCGUUCGGCGCGGGCGGGCGCGCGCUCCACCGGACGGCCGCCCGGGUCGCGGACGACCGCGCGCGCAGAUCCCUCCCGGGGGUCGAGCCGCUCCCUGGCUGGGGCCGGGGUCCCUAUUGGAAGAGGCUGGGCGAUGCCUUGAGGCCUAGGCGGCUGGUCUUCAACUACUGCGGGGCGCCGCCGGACUGCACCUGCCUGCUGGGGGCGGCCCUGAGUACGCAGGCGUCCUGGUUCUUGGAGUUCGAGAUGACGGUGCCAUGGCAUUCAACGCCACGCCGUGCGUGGGCCUGGUGGAUGCCCGGGCCCAGCUGUCACCGAGUCAGCUCGAGUCUGGGAAGGUGCCUCGAGACAUGAGCCGCAGGGGCGGGGGGGAGCUGGCGGUGUCUUUCAGCCCAUGGUCUGGCAAGGUGUUCGCGAGCAGCCUCGUGCAGAGCAGGCCCUUGCACCUUGGGCAGCUGCCCCGCUGCUGCACGGCCAGCCUGAACUGGAACAGCCUUGACAACUCGUCCAACGCGCGGGACGCUCCGAUAAAGGCCGGCUUCUCAGUCACGAGACAGCUGUCCUUCUACCGAGGGAGCACGAAUGGGCAAUGGCGAUCUAGCGGUGUGAUAUUGCGGGACUUGCCAGGUGCGGUCGUUCCAGCAGUGUUCAUGUCAUCUUUUGUUGGUCACGCGAGCGUCAGUUUUGUCAAUCUGCGGCCGUCACCACCUAAUGUCGAAUGUAAAGAGUGUGACUUGUUGAGUCACGGCUUGAAGAACGGCUGGUGUUCUUGUCUUGAGAGCGGCUGGUGCUCUUGUUCAUCGUCUAAGCAGUAGUCGACCAUCUUGACCCUCUCUCGAGACCGCUCUCAGACGGGUGCCUUUCUGGUUCUUGGCAUCUAUUUUCUGCAGAAGCGAUGGGAACAUUCGAGCCUUGGGUAAAUUGAGCGUGAGGAGGGGUGACUUGUUUUAUUUCAGCUGGGACGUUCGCGACACUUCUGCUGCCCAUUUGGCGAACAGAUGCCGGUGUGUCACAGGCGCCUGCGGCAAGGUGAGUGAGGGGUGUACAGAUCAAUCGAACUUACUUUUGCGGGGUGCGCUUUUUGAGUUUUUGUUUUUCCUCCUCCAUCCUGCUACGGUCGGACAGUACAACGUAAGGAGCCUCUAGCGCUGGCGGGCUUAGAAUUCGACUCGCGCCAGAGGCACGUACCAUCACUCUUUUUCCCUCUCUCCCUCUCCCCACAUCCCACUCUCUCUCUCUCUCUCUCUUUCUCUCUCUUUCUUGCUCUCUCUCUCUCUCUUUCUCCCUCUCUGCGCACCGCUUGCGCGACGCGGAGGGCGCAGGCCCUCGACGCCGCGCGCUCCUUCGGGGCCGAGCGCGGGCACCUCGCGUGCCCAGCUCAGCCCGCGGCCCUCACGGGCCGUGCUGCAGACCAGCACCCCACGCCAGCGCCACUGCGGGCGAGGGCCCCAGCCGCCGCCUCGGGCCACGGGGCCCCCCGCCCCUGCCUGGACUGGGCGGGGGGGUCCUCCAGCCAGCCGCCGCAGCGGCCCCGGGAGCCGGCGCCAGGGCCAAGAUCAGGCCUGCAGCCCAGCCCUCGCCCCGCGUAGGGGUCCAGGCCGCGCAGCAGCUUGGCCAGGCACUGCCGCCUCUGGCGCUGCCCAGCCGUGCUGGCCGCCGUCGGCGGCAGGGGCCCUCGGCACGCCUCCUUCAGGCCCCUGGCCCGGUCAGGCCCCUCCAGCUUGGCGAAGGCAGCGCAGCGCCUGCAGGUGCACGGCCCUGCCACCUGCAGGUCGUGGCCCAGCUGCUUCUCCUGGAGGUCCUCGUCGCGCCGCUGAGCCCCAGCAGCCCGCCUCUGCGCCGCGGCAGCGCGGCCCCUGGCCCUCGGGCUCUCUCUCUCUCUCUCUCUCUCUCUCUC